AUAUUUGGUUUUUUUCCAACAGGCUGUUCGACGGCAUAGUUAUUAAUCUCGGAAUUUUAUUUUUGUAAAAUUAUGGCUAAAGAUCCGCUUACAGAAAUGUUGGAGUUCUUACAGCCGAACUCCCGUUUAGACUUAAAAUAUGUUUCACUUGAUUACCUUCUCGGUUUAUCAGGGAAAGAAGAAGGCAUAAACACACUCCUUGAAAACGAACAGACUAUUCAGUGCAUUAUUGAAUUAAUUGAAGAUAAAAGCAACGAGAUAUCUAAAAACGCACUUGCAGUGUUAGUAAACUUAACGGCUCAACCAAAAGGCGCUUCAGAACUUCUAAAAUACAAGCCGAAAAUCCACAAGAAUAUAAUAGAAUUACUUAUAGGUUAUGUGCUGAAUCCGGAAAAAAGAUACGCUGAUAUUGCAUGCAUGAUCUUAACAAACAUAACCAGAUCCGAAGAAGGCUUAGAAGUUUGCCUAGACACAUUUAUACCACAACUAAAUGAUUUAUUAAAUGCGUAUGUUAACUUAGAAUUCAAUAAAAAUUCAAAUUUGCAUUACCUAUCGCCAAUGUUCAGUAAUUUAAGUCAAAGUGCACGUAUAAGGAAAUGGUUGUUAGAAGAAAAUCCACACGUACCUUUAAUAAAACUGUUACCGUUUUGUAAUUUCGAGCAAUCUGUAAUACGAAGAGGUGGUGCUAUAGGAACUGUAAGGAACUUAUCAUUUGAUACAGAAAAUCAUGAUUAUUUACUUAGUUCAGAAUUGGAUUUACUCACUUACCUUUUACAUCCGUUAAUGGGGGAUGAGGAUUAUGAUGACGAAGAGAUGGACAAACUUCCGAUUGCGUUACAAUAUUUGCCGAAAGAAAAAAAACGUGAUCCAGAUAUAGACAUCCGUAAGAUGAUAUUAGAGACAUUAGUUAAAUUUUGUACAAAAAGGGAGGGAAGGGAGAUAUUAAGAGAGAACGGAGUGUAUUACAUUCUUAGAGAAUAUCAUAAAUGGGAGAAAGAUCCGCAAGCACUACUUGCUUGCGAGAACGUAGUUGACAUUCUGAUACAAAAAGAAGACGAGGUUGGUGCUGAUGAUUUGUCAACUGUAGAAGUACCUGAUGAUAUGAAGGAGAAAUUCGAGAAAAUGGACCAAGAUUAUUUAAAAGCUGUUGAAUAAAUUGUUUUAAAACUAUA